UUAUAAACCUAUAGUGACUAUAGAAGGUGGUAUAAAAAAAUCCGCUCUACUCUCUGUGUUCAUCAACCUUUACGUUAUUUUUGUUGAAAAAGAAAAAUAUCUCCUACAACUGUGUUAAGCUAUUUUUUUUUCCUUUAUACUUAUUAACCUGUACCUGUUUUAUUAUUUUUUGUUUUAACUGUGAUCUUAAAGAAAGAGAAUAUUAAAUAUUCACUUCAAAGCAGUGCUUUUAUAGUGACAAAGAAAUUCGUUUUCUAAGAAAAUACUAUAAAAACAAAAAAAAAAAUAUAUUUUUUUUUUCAAAAAAAAAAAAAAACAACUUUUGAUUUUUAAUAAACGAUAUGACAAUGCUCACCACUGCAUCAAUGGAUGAAAUCAGGAAUGCUGCUUCCAGAUUAUGCCGGGAUUAUUUAACUGGCCGAUGGAAGUCUAUUACUUCAGAAGAUAUAGUAGUUAAGCGUAUAAGUGGAGGUUUGUCUAAUUUUCUAUACUACAUCAGUCUCCCAGAAGAGCAGUCCGAUAAAAAUAGCAACAACUUAUGUAAUAGUCAGACUGCUAUUAGCACUAGCAAGCGCCAGAGGAAAGACAGUGCAGCGUGCGGAGAUGAACCAACUGAGGUUCUUUUGCGGAUUUAUGGACAAACACAUGGUGAACAUGCUCUAGAAACAAUGAUAACAGAAUCCGUUGUCUUUGCUUUACUUAGCGAACGUAAUCUUGGCCCAAAACUCCAUGGACUCUUUCCUGGUGGAAGAAUUGAACAAUAUAUUCCAGCACGUCCACUUCGUACUCUUGAACUGUCCGAUUAUAAAACAUCAAUGAAAAUAGCUGAAAAAAUGGGUGAAAUUCACAGUCUUCAUAUUCCAGUAUCUAAAGAACCCGAAUGGCUAUGGAAUACAAUGCAAAGAUGGCUUAAAAGUUUAGAUUCAAUUAUUCAAAAUAUCAGUCCAGAAGAUGAAGAAAAAAGUGAAGUUAAAGAAAUUAAAAAAAUUGAUUUUGCAAAAGAAGUCGAAUGGGUACGAAAUCUAGUUGACAGUGGUGACUAUCCAGUGGUUUUCUGUCACAAUGAUUUACAAGAAGGAAAUAUUUUACUCCGAGAAGAAACUUCUCGAUCCCGCCGUGCAUCUGUCAAAAGUUCAAGUUCUUUAGCAGAGACUGAAAACGAGGCUUCAUCAAGUCUAAGCAGUGAUCGUAAUGCAAAUGCUUCCAGUGGAUUGAUUGGAAAUCAAAGCAGAAAACGUUUAAUCCCAUCCGAUGACAGUUACACCGACUUAGACAAUAGUAGUGAUUCCGUAAUUAGCAAUGACUCUGAUGACUGCGAACCAGACUUAAUGAUAAUCGAUUUCGAAUAUUGUGCCUAUAACUAUCGAGGAUUCGAUUUAGCAAAUCACUUCAUCGAAUGGACAAUUGAUUAUAGUAAUCCACAAUUUCCAUUCUACUUCCAUACUAAAGAACAAUAUCCCACCAAAGAACAACGUCAGGACUUUAUUAGUGCCUAUUUGCGAAAGGAUAAUGAAGAUAUUGAAAAUUAUACACCUACAGCUGAAGAAAUCGAAGCUGUCGAUCAAGAAGUUCAAAUGUUUUCAAUGAUAACACAUUUAUUUUGGGCAUUGUGGUCGGUGGUGAAUGUUUUUCAAAAUAUCGAAUUUGGUUAUUGGGAAUAUGCAGUAUCAAGAAUUCGUGAAUAUCAACUUCUUAAAAAUAAAUAUGAUGCAGCACCAUAAAUUAAAAAAAUACUUAAUAAAUUAAAAAAAAAUAAUAAUUAAUAUAAAAUUCUGAGGCAAAUAUUGUUGCUAUAUUUUGUACUUAGAAAGCAUUUUCGAAACGCGCGAGAAACGUCAUGAUCAAUAUUAAGAUGUCUUCCUUUAAAAAAAAAAAUGCACUUUAAAAAUAUUCGUAAGAACUAAAACUAACUAAACAAAAAAAAAAACGCUCUUAAAAUCG